UUCCGGUUGCUACGCUGAACUUGCGAGACUUUACCAAAGAGUACAAGAAGAAAGAGACGAGGAGACUCGAAACUAUAAAAGUUACCCAGUUAAAAAGGUCUGGAAAUUGCAACAGAUCACUGUUUUACGAAAACACUGAAAAGUAAACAUACUGAACUUGAGCGUGUAGUUGAGUAGUGAAUCAUAGUUUGACAAUUAUGGGGACGAACGUCAGCUAGCAAGCAAUAUUACCAGAUAUAUCAACCAAGAUACCUGCGAGUAUUGAAGACAAGACUGUUUGGACUUUGUCAGCAUUAGAUAACCAAGUUAGCACCCUGUUCGAAACUUUAAUUAAUCCAUUCUCGAAAUGGCAGAAGGGCCAUGCUCUGGGGGUUUAAAUGCCAACUUUUCAAGAAUUAAAAAAACUCUCAAUAUCAAUGUCCCUCCAGCCAUGCAUUUGCGGAAAAAAGUUCGACAGAGUCAGCCGAGGCGGACUAUCCACAAUCGGGUGGUGCUGGAGAAAGUUCUUGGGCUCACCACCUCAAGCAGCUGUGGCUUAGCCUGUGACCCAAAUACAGGACUGGUGGCCUAUCCAGCUGGGUGUGUUGUGGUCAUCCUGCACCCCAGGAAGGUGAAGCAGGGGCACAUUCUCAACACCUGCAGGAAACCCUUCUCUGCCUUGGCAUUCUCGCAAGAUGGAAAAUACUUGGUCACUGGUGAGAGCGGUCACAUGCCCUGUGUGCGGGUCUGGGACGUGGCAGAGAGGACUCAGGCAGCGGAGCUCCAGUGUCAUAAGUAUGGCGUGGCCUGCGUGGCCUUCUCCCCCAGCGGCACCUACAUCGUCUCCGUGGGCUACCAGCACGACAUGACCGUCAGCGUGUGGGAGUGGAGGAAGGGGACGGUCAUUGCCUCCAACAAAGUGUCCAGCCGGGUGCUGGCCGUGUCCUUCUCGGAGGACAACAGCUACUUUGUCACGGCGGGGAACAGACACAUCAAGUUCUGGUACCUGGACGCCUCUAAGGAGCGGCGGGUGAACAGCACGGUGCCUCUGAUUGGCCGGUCGGGGUUGCUGGGGGAACAGCGGAACAGCCUGUUCUGCGGCCUGGCGUGUGGGAGGGGCAACAUGGCGGGCAGCACCUACAGCAUCACCAGCUCCGGCCUGCUCUGCCUGUUCAACAGCCGCAGGGAGCUGGAGGCCUGGGUCCAUCUCAAGACCUCGUCAGCACGCUGCCUGGCCAUCAGUAAGGACUAUGUGUUCUGCGGCUGUGCUGGGGGCACCAUUCGCGUCUUCAGCCCCACAGACCUGCACUACAUCACCACCCUGCACCGCCCCCACAGGCUGGGAGUGGAUAUUACACAGGGCGUCCAGCCAAGUGACCUGUAUUCCACAUCACCUGAGGAGGGGGAGUAUCCGGACACGGUGGCUCUGACCUUUGACCCCGUGACCUGCUGCCUGACCUGCGUGUACAACGACCACAGUGUGUACGUGUGGGACGUGCGUGACAUCAGGAGCGUGGGGAAGCUUUACUCCGCCCUGUAUCACAGCGGUUGUGUGUGGAGCGUGGAGACGUACCCUGAUCUGGAGCAGCCGCACACCCCCUGCCUGCCCGCUGGUUCCUUCCUCACCUGCUCCUCCGACAACACCAUCCGGCUGUGGCACAGCGACCCCCAGAACCAGGGCCCCGUCCCCGCCUUCCAGCACAACCUCUACAGCCAUGACCUGAUGAGGAUCGUGUAUGUGGGUAAGGACACACAGCACCUGCAGUGCGAGGGUGAGCCAGGAGAGGGCAGCAGCACAGACAGGAAAUCCGGGAUCCGAGUCCUGGGGAUCAGUCCGGACGGACAGCACCUCGCAGCGGGAGACCGCAACGGAAAUCUCCAUGUCUUUGGUCUGCAGUUCAUGGAUGAGCUCCUGCAGAUUGAGGCCCAUGACUCUGAGGUGUUGUGUCUGGAGUUUUCCCCCCCAGAGACGGGACUGCGCCUGCUGGCCUCGGCCAGCCGCGACCGGCUCAUCCACAUCCUCAACAUGGAGAGAGAGUACAGCCUGGAGCAGACCGUGUACGACCACUCCGCCUCCAUCACCGCCAUCAAGUUCACCGGUGUGGGCCCUGAUGUUCGCAUGGUGAGCUGUGGUGCGGAUAAGAGCAUCUACUUCCGCACGGCUGAGAAGUCUCCAGACGGGCUGUCCUUCUCGCGGUCCCACCACGUGGUGGAGAAAACCACACUGUACGACAUGGAUCUGGACGCUACGCGCACUCAGACCGUCAUCGCCUGCCAGGACCGCAACAUCCGGGUGUACGAUGUGAGCAGUGGGAAGAUGAAAAGGAGUUUUAAAGGUGCUCUGAGUGAUGAAGGCACACUGCUGAAGGUUCAGAUGGACCCUUCGGGCACGUACCUGGCCACCAGCUGCUCCGAUAAGAACAUCUCCAUCUUUGACUACGAUUCUGGAGAGUGUGUGGCCACUCUGUUCGGGCACUCCGAAAUCGUGACUGGGAUGAAGUUCAGCCAGGACUGCCGUAACCUCAUCACCGUGUCCGGAGACAGCUGUGUGUUUGUGUGGAGGCGACUCCAGAUGACCAACUCCAUGAGGAAGCAUCUGGCUCAGAUCAGGAGGAGAACCGUGCUCCAGGACCCCACCCCUCAGAUACGGAGGCAGACGUACAUCACGGUGCCGCACCCAGCCCUUCCACUGACAGGGGCGGAAGAGGAGGAGGCAGAGGAGACUGGCGUGAGCCUGGAGGGCCAGGAGGAGAACCCCAAAACUCCGUCCCGAGACGACUCCGCAGAGGAAACGCUGGACCCCCCCUUGCUGCAGACCAAUGGCAAGAUGCCGAUGUGGGCCAGGAGACUGGGGGCUGCUGGAGCCCCCUCUAACCCCUCAGAGUCGCAGGGUCCCAGCCCCUACCAGCCCCGGGGCCGCUGGGCCGAGAAGUCGGACCCCCAGGCCAUCCGCGCGGCCCUGGAGACCCGCAGCCUGCAGCUGCCCCUGUCCCCCAGCCCCCGCCGGAGCCAGGGCGGGGAGGGGCAGGAGGACCUGGACGACCAGGAGGAGGAGGAGGAGGAAGAGGAGGACCCUCCCUUCCCCCAGCAGAGUCUGGACAGCCUGCUGGGCGAGGAUGAGGAAGAGGAGCAGGAGGAAGUGGCGGGGAAGCGGGACUCUCAGGGCCCGUUCGCCACAGCCUGCUCCAGGCCAGCCUUCCUGCCCCUGCCCCACACUGAAGAGCUGUUCCCUGCGCCGCUUAACUCCCCAGAGACCGGAGACUACAUCCUGUACCCCUCCAACAGCACAGCGCCCUCUGCAGGAGUGGAGUGCAGUGAGUUUGAUGUGAAGGAGCUAUGUGAGGCAGGGCUAGAGGAGGAGCUUAGCCCUGACAGUGCCUUCUGUGUGGGCUCUGCUGACAGCCACGCAUCCAAUCCGGACCAGUCCCAGGAAGACACGGACUCCCUCAGCCAGGUGAGCUCCACUGGCAGCACGGGACUGGAGGAGGAAGAGGAGGAUGAGGAAGAUCCGGAGACGCUCCUGCGCCAGCAUUUCGACACGCUGGCCGACUGCCUGGCCAGCAACGAGACAUUUGACACAGAUUUGCGGAAUCUGCAGCCGGCUGCCGAGAGCCUCUUCCUCAACCCCCGCCUCAGCAUCUCCACCCGCUUCCUGUCCCGCUUCCAGCCCCGCCACAGAGCGGGGAUUGGACUGGCCUCCCUGCCCUCUGCUUUGCCCCUCUGCAUCUCCGAGGAGUCCAGCCCUGACACCACCCAGACAGAGGUGGGUGCCCGACCCCCACCUGACGGUUCUGUGGAUCCUCAGGAAGACAGCGCUGACAUUGCGCGAGACUCCAGAUCUCGUGCGCCGGUGCGGAGGAGCUCCUCGGCCCUGUCCCACCAGCGCAAGCGGCCGCUGAAGAGCCGCAACACCAUCGCCCACAUCCAGCUGAAAGGCAUUCUGGGAGAAGUGGCAGACAGGGCUCAGCCGUUGAACUCUCAGUCCUGCGCCUCCGUCUCUGUCCAAAAACCGGCCCGGCCGUCCCGCCAGAGCUACAUGGGCACCACGGCCAGCUCUCGCGCCAAAAUGUCCCACGGCGAGAACCCCAGCGCCAACACGUCCCACGGCGAGAACUCCAGCGUCAACACGUCCCACAGCGAGAACCCCAGCGCCAACACGUCCCACAGCGUGUCAGUCUCAGAGGACCCCAGCACCCCUGCGCUCGCCAAACCCGCCUCCGACCCGGAACAGGACUGCAAGGAGAACCUCCCCCCACCCGCCUCCUCAAACCCCACCUCCUCCACUUCCCAGGUGUCUGUCAGCCAGGCCCUGCCCCCUGGUAACCACGGCGCCCGCGCGGCCCUCCACCUGGACCUACUGGGACACGGCCACGCCCGAGCCCCGCCUCCUCUCUCCCCAGGCCCCGUCCCCUCGCCCCUGCGUCCGCGCCGUCGCACCGUGGCUGGGCUCCGCCCGCCCGCCCUGGCCACGCCCACCGAGAUGAGGUCACUGGGCAAGGAGGGGCGGAGCUACAUCAGAGGCGUGGAGGAGAGCCUGGCGUCCAGGGUGAGGUCGCAGAGCCCCGUCCAGUCCGGUGGGGGAGGGGCCCAGUCCCCUGCAGCUGCCCCGGGCCAGGUCUCCAGGAGCGGGGAUCCGCCCUCUGAGGAGCAGUCUCUGAACCCCGUCUCUGGAGCAACGCUGCCCUGCACAGACAUCUCAACACACGGCCUAGCAUCUCCCAACACAGACGCAGGGGCGGAGGCGCUGACCCUGCAGGCGUGUAAGCGUGUGGUUAAUGAGAUGCAGCACUCCCUGCAUCGCGCGGUGGGUCUGUACAACCAGCUGUGCUCAGCGGAGGACAGCUCGGAGCAGCAGCUGCAGAUGAGGAGCAUCCUGACCGAGGCCUUCGCAGCGGUGAAGAGGGACCUGCCCCCCCUCCCCUCUGCCCUGAGGACUUCCUGUCCAUCCGCGGAGGAGUCCCCCGGCCGGCAGCUCAAAGACAACCGUACCGUGGCCCUGCUGGAGAAGUACUCCGAGAUGCUGCUGCGCAUCGCUGAAAAGAAGCUGGACUGCAACUGAGACCCGGACGUUGUAUGUGCUGUGUUCGCCUGACUGACAACCCCCCCUUUCCACCUUGUGUUUAGGGGAACCAGGAGCCUGUAUUUGUGAAAUGGAGUCCAUUUUAAGCAGAAAGAUUAAUGCUGGUCCUAGAUCAGCACUCCUACUCUCGGGCUUUGUGUGUUCGGGCACUGGUCAGGACUGGUCAGUUUGUAGCAGCGCCAUUUCCCAUGCUCCUUUGCCCCACACUACCAUGUUCUAUUUGUGAUUCUUACUGCGGUUGGUCUCCUGUGUCAGCCAUUUUAUGCACCUUCUGUUUGUUUUUUAAAUUUAAUUUAUUCUCAUUUUAAGGUUUGUUUACACUAUAUGCUUUUAUAAUACAGAAUUUAUUUUUAAAAAUGAAUGUAUUCUGAUCUUACCAGCUGUUGCGAAACUGCCUACAACCUUGUUGGGAAUCACUGCUAGCUGACCUCUCCAGCACAGCGCUCUUACAUGGAGUCUUAAGUGCAUCAGGCCACAUGCAUGAGGAGUGGACCGGCUUCAGUGUUUAUAUUUUUUCUUUAUUUUAUUCAGUGUGAAAAUUAAGCAUCUAUCUAUGCGAAGUGCAGUGCAAAUUUUGCAUUUUAUCAUGGCGCCCAUCAAACUAUCACCAUGUGGCUUUAUUUUAUAUCAGUGUUUACCUAUUUAGGCACUUUUGUUUUUUUGUUUUGUGUGUGGGUAUGGAUUGUGUGAGAUCCGGUAGAGAAAUGCAGAAGCGUUUCUGAGUGUGUAGCAGAGCAGUUGUACGUCUGGCUCGAAAGCUGAUGCCCAUAGUGGGGUUGGUUAGUGUUCUCAGCCCCGAUCAGGCAGGAAAUCUUCAAGCGGAGAGAAAAAAAAAAAAAAAGCAUGAGUUCUGAAUUCGCGUUUUGAGUUUUGACAGACUAGAUCGCUGGCCCAAGGUAGGUGCAGAAUGAAUUCAGAUGUUUUUGUGUUUAAUUUGCCUUGCUUGUACAGAGCCUUUCUCCCUUCACGCUGGCUGUUCUGACAGGUGGUCAUGCGAUUGCUCACUUGUUUUUGUUUAAAAAUGUCUGUUGCUUUUCCGUUUUUGUCAUUCUGUUCCAAUGCAGUUGUACAUUUAUUGUAAAUAUUUUUAUUUUGGCAAUAAUUUGCACAUGCCCUGUGGUAGACACACAUGCAUAUUGUCUGUUCUUUUUUCAGUGUUCUUAAACAUUUCUCUUUGUAAUAAAUGAUUUUAUAUGCACCACAA